AUGGUCAAAUAUACUUAUGAAUUAUCUCUAACUCAACCCGAUAUUGGUGCUAAAUCAUACAAGGAAAAGGGAAAAAUAUCAAAAAGAAAAUUUCAUCCAAUUGUUAAAUUAAGAGUCUUCAAUCAAACAAACCAAAAUAUAACUGGAGUCAUUGAUGAAAAAUACAUUGUGCUAGCAAAACUUAAGAAUACCACUCAAAGUGCUGCGAUGGCACCUGAAGCCCUUGAAACUUACCUUAGAGGUAAUAAAAGCAGCACUGGAACCUAUGAAGAAGAAAAUAAUGAAAUAAUAUUUGCUUUUCCUGAUUUGCAUCUUAUAACUGUUGGUGUGUUUAUAAUCGAAUACCAAUUAUAUAAAUCAAGCAAUCAAUUAAACACAUUAAAUAUGGAAUUUAUUGAUAAUAUUUCAAAAUCAAUCAAAUUUGUCACUACAAGAGAGCUAUAUGCCACCGAAGCAAAUAACAAUGCCAAAACAACGAUUGUCAAAAAAAGAAAAAGAGAAAGUAUACCAACAACUAACAAUCAAAUACAAAGCCAGAUGGUAAACCAGAUACCAAGUAGGAUACAACUACCAAAUCAUUUACCAAAUCAAUUAUCUCAAGAUUCAAUAUCGUUUCCACCUUUGUUACAAGAAACUCUACAAAACAAUAAGUUACUAACAAGCAGUUUUUCCAAUCAUCAAUCUUCUAAAAGUGCUAGUGAUCUGGCGGGGUUAUCAAGAUGGAACAGCUUCAACAGUACAAAAAGCAGUCAAUCAUGCUGCACUUCUACUCAAAUACCAAAACUGGUAUAUUUAGAACAAAAUAACGCCUUUUAUGCUCAAAAUCAACCUCUUUUUCUACAAAGUUUGUCCAAUAUAGCUUACUCUCCUUCGAGCUUAAUUUCUUAUAAUUCGGUGAAUGACAGUUUUUUGAAUUAUACGCAAAUGCAACAACAACAGCAGCAACAACAGAGUAUGGUUCAAUUAAAUCAAGUUACAGGUUUAGCCAAUAAUGAGGUGCUAUCUGCUCAGCCCUCAAAUUCAAAUUUAACCAAUUCAUAUAUUGUAACGGAUCCUUCAGCAAUUUAUAGAAACGAUAAUCAGCAAAAUGUGAUGAGAGCACUGUCGUUUAAUACGUUAUUGGGUAAUGAAACUCUGAAUAACAUCAAUGAACAAAAUAUUGGAAGGUCUCUUAGUAAUAGUAGACAUGGAAAAGCGCUCAGCGAAAACGACUAUUUGUAUUUACUAUCUAAUUCAAAAUUCUAUCCUUUUUAG